AUGCCUUCCCCAGCAAAGGUCAGCAGCGCAAUUCCGCGCCCGCUCUCGGAGGUGUCGCCGACCGAAAAGCGGCGGAAUUCGCCAAGCUGGAACCAGACCACCAAGAAAAUGACAUUUACCGACUCGUCUCCAUUUCAGUCGUCCCCCUUGGACGGCACCACCACGUCCCCGCGCAUGUUUUGGCAGAACCGCAGCUUCAACUCGGAGAACAGCUACAACAGUAGCACCGGCUCGCCAUCGCCCUGCCGACGGUCUUCUAUCGAGCGUCUGCAGAAGGCUUCCCGCGUCAAGAACAGCAACAUUCUCGCCCUCGAGCACAAGAACGAAUACGACCCGACCCGGGUGCCCCACGUCGAGCGCCCACUGGCUAAGGUCCAGAGAAAAGCAUUUGGCGGCACCGGCACCACCACCGGUCCCCGCCCGGAGAACCGUCCCUUUGGCCACCAGAGAAGCGAGAGCAAGACCGGCGUCACUGCGUCGAGCCCUUCUAAGGCCUCGCCCGGCCCCAUGAGCCAGCCGGUGCGCCCGACGACACCCAGCAAAGAUCAGCCCUCUCCGAUGAAGUCGUCGCUGUCGAGCCGCUUCAAGAGCAGCUUCGACCCGGAAACAGGCACCUGGACAGACACGUCGGGCGACGAGCGGACCCUCCCCGAGGGCAAGUCGCUUCACCGUCACCAGAAGAGUGUCACGUUUGACGCCGCUCCUCCCCAGGUCAACGAGUACGAGAUGGCCACUCCGGAUAUCUCCUCGAUUGGGAGCAACUCGAGAGAAGGCAGCUACGAUUCGGAGGAGGAAGAGGAUGACGACGACCACUACAUGUACCAUGGCGGCGUCGACCCGGAUGACAGCUUCGACGCCUCGCUUGAGGAUACCGACAAAACCCCCGUCAUGGGCCCGGACGAGUGGAGGCAGGACAGCCAUGAUGAUUCCUUUGAGCGGAGUAGUCCCAUGCCUGAGGAGCACCCUCACAUGCGGAACCCGCUUCAUCAUCAUCGCCGCACCAACUCAUCCAACUCGAACAGCGAGAGCCGCCCGUUGCCGCCUCUCCCGGGCAUGGGUUCGGCCGCUAGGAGCUUGCCUUCGCCUCCGCCCGCUUCUAGCGCUUCGCCCGAGUCCCAUAGCAUCGGAAACGGCAGGAUGCCGCUCGAAGAGCGCCUGAGGCUCAUGAUGCUGUCCGACGACGGAAAGACGGCGGCCGAGCAACAGCGGGAACGCCGGAUGAGGCGCGCCGGCGCUCGCGAGCGCGCAGGGAGCCAGACCCCGGAGCGCGAGAGCAGAAGCCCCAGCGCACAACCCCAUUCGGACUACGAAGAGGAAAACACGGUUGGCGAGCUGUCGGGUCUUGAAGAGUACCAGCUCCCUCCCCGCAUCUCCCGCGAGUCGAUCCUCCGCCGUGUGAACGGGAACAAGGCACUCGACCGCGAGCCCGAUUAUCAGUCUUCCUCCCCAGCGGGCGCUUCGGGCGCCGAGCAAGUCCUUCAGUACGAUCCCGACGUGCCCAUUCCAAGCACCGAGGACUCUAUGAUGGAUGAGCUCUCAGACGGGGGCAGCGUCAUCAUCAAGCGCGAUCCCGAGGGUAUGGACUCCGAAGUUGACUCGAUCGCCGAUUUGUACCAGCGCUCCGAGUCCCUGGAUGAUCAUGAUGAAAAUGAUCACGAACAGAGGCCGUAUGACGAUGACAGCGAGAGCCAGUACUCGAAUGAUGAAGAGCCGCAGAGCGGCGAGAAACAAGAGUCAUAUGAUAGUGACCACGUUCCUACCCCGCGGGGCACCACUCCCACGGAGGAACCUCCCACGGUCGCUCAAGAUCGGGAGGUCUGCUCUUCGCUUGAGCUUUCCCACCGCAAUAAGGAAAGUGACUUCUCCAAGGGCGUCGACUCCUGCGUGCUUGCCAAGCCCGAGGAACAACAACUCGCUGCAGAGCCCGAGAAAGCGAGCAUGGCCGAUGCUCAGGCCGAGGAGGAACGUCCUAUCACACCCGAGCAGCAACUGACCAGGUCGCUCACCAAGCCCGAGUAUGAUGGAUCGGGCUGGGGCGAGCCUGAGGAAGGGUCUGAUGAACCGGGCACUCCCGAAUCCGUCAUUCACCAUCCGGUUCCGAACAGCGAGGAUGAGGCCGCCCGACAGUCUCCUGCUAUUCCCGAACAGCUGGCCACCAUCAAGUCGGCAUCUGGCUCUAAGCUCAAGACCCGGCCGUCUGCCACCCCUUCGGACAUCGCAGCCAUGCGGGAGGCUCGCCGCCAGGUCAGCCGCGAGGUUCCGCCCAUUCCUGACCGACAUCGGAACCGCAUCUCGCGUGACAUGGAGCCCGAAGCUGGCGAGGCCACAGGCGAAGACUUCCUGGAGCGCCAUCCCAGUUUUAAGAAUCGCAGCUUGACGCUGGAUCUCGACCUCGGUCUCAGCCUUGACCAAGAUUUCGACCGGGUCAUAGAGGCUCAAAAGCGCGGAUACCUGAUGCGACAGAACACCAAGAUGGUCACGGCCAGCGACAAGGACACUGACGAUCGCGGUUACCGGUCAGCCGGUAACUCGCCCGUCAAAGCGGCUCGACCGCAAUCCUGGACCGUCGAGCCAUGGGGCAGCGGGCAACGGAAGCGCAGCUACCGGAAGCGGCACCCUGUGACCGGAGGUCCUGUUCCGCCGCUGCCCGGGCAGGAGAGCAACGCCGCUGCUCCUGGACAUGCUCACGAGGACGACAUGGCCAGUAUCGAGUUGGCCACCGAGGAGAGCGGCGAGAGAGGCCGGCUCUUUGUUAAAGUGAUGGGAGUCAAAGACCUUGAUCUGCCGCUACCCAAGAACGAGCGCACCUGGUUCAGCUUGACCCUCGACAACGGCGUCCACUGCGUGACAACAGCCUGGCUCGAGCUGGCGCGCAACGCGCCCAUCGGACAGGAGUUCGAGCUGGUCGUGCCCAACGACCUCGAGUUCCAGCUCACGCUCAACGUCAAGCUCGAAAAGCCCAAGCCGGCCCCGGUCAGCAAAAAGGCCCUGCCCUCCCCAACAAAGACAUCCAAGCCCAAGACGUCGGCCUUUAGCCGCGUCUUCGCUUCUCCCAAGAAGCGUCGCGAAAUGGAGCAACGCCAAAAGCAGCAGGAAGAGGAGGAGCGGCUCGCCGCCCAACGCGAGGCCCAGGCCCGGCAGAUGAUGCUCAAGGCCUCCCAGCAGCCCACCGCUUGGGAUCUUCUCAGCCCACUGGCGGCCGAGGACGGCAGCUUUGCGCGCGCCUAUGUUUGUCUCAAGGAGCACGAGUCGCGCUGCUUCGGCCGGCCGUACCAGGUCGAAGUCGCGGCUUUCAACGAGUGGGCGACCGAAGAUGCCACGUUUGCGUCGAGCGUCAAGAGCAAGCGGAACAACACCAACUCCAACAACCCGUCGGGCAACGGGCCGGUCCGACGCGCCCCCUACAAGAUCGGCAAGCUCGAGCUCCAGCUGCUCUUCGUGCCCCGGCCCAAGGGCGCUACGGACGACGACAUGCCCAAGAGCAUGAACGCGUGCAUCCGCGAGAUGAAGGCGGCAGAGGAACGGCUCUCUCGCGGCUGGGAGGGCCACCUCAGUCAGCAGGGGGGUGACUGCCCGUACUGGCGCCGUCGCUACUUCAAGCUGGUCGGCACUAAGCUCACGGCGUACCACGAGGCCACACGCCAGCCCCGUGCCACCAUCAACCUGGCCAACGCGAAGCGGCUGAUCGACGACCGGCGCACGCUCAUGGAGAAGGAGACGACGGGCAAGGGCGGGCGCCGGCGCCGCUCGGCGUUCGCCGAGGAGGAGGAGGGCUACAUGUUCGUCGAGGAGGGGUUCCGCAUCCGGUUCAACAAUGGCGAGGUGAUCGACUUCUAUGCCGACUCGACCGCCGACAAGGAAGGGUGGAUGAAGGUGCUGGGCGAGGUCAUCGGGCGAGACAGCUCGGCGGACGGCGAGGACGAGAACGGCGGCGGUGGCAGGGGCAUGAAGGGCAAGUGGUGCGAGCUCGUGCUGAAGAGGGAGGAAGCCCUGAAGAAGAGGGCCGAAGGACGGAGGGUGCAUUCGCGGACCAAGAGCAUGUACGUGUGAAAGAGCGAGGAGGAGAGAAGGCGGACGGGGAAGAGGGGUUACGGUCUUUUUUUUUUUUCUUUUUCAUUUCUUUUCUUUUUCCUCUGUCACGACGUUUGAUGAGGAGCUUGGGAGUUGGGGUUGGGAUGAUGUUGGAUGGAUAAUGAUGCGUUGAUGCUGAUGUUGUUGGUGCUGGAGGAACGGCCGGACAUGGUUAGUCAUGUGGAGUUUGUGUGUGUGUGUGGACGUAUGGGACAAGGGGCUAUGAAGGAGGAUGACGACGCUUUCGAGGGCGAAGACGGGACGGGCUGGGGGGAGAACGACGAGGUGCAGGCGGAAACGCGCGAUGGGCAUACCACCAGGCUCGGCUAGUCUCUGUUCUGCCGGCGUCCUCCUCCUCUCCUGCUUUUUUUUUUCCUUUUCCUUUUUCCUCCCCUCUUUCUUCUUUCCUUCUCUUUCACCUUUCCCACCGAAGGGGUGGUGUCAUCUUGGGGGCUUGCAACGGCCCUUUCCGAGCAUCUAUCUGUGUCGAGCAAGCGCACUCUGUUUUGUCUCGGCCGCCCGCUCUCUUCUUCUCUGGGUGUGCUGCGCGGUCUGAGUCGGGUUGUCAUUCGCUUUUUCGAUUCGUUCUCCGGGCUCUGGACUGCUCGACUCGGUUGGACAGAGGAGGACACGAUGAUGGUUCGAGCUGGCUUGAUAAUACAUACCCAAGGACAGACAAGUUGGGGGACUCUUUCGUUACGCUUCUCUUUUGUGUACGGAGCUUUUGCUGUAGCAGUCAGUGUAUGGAAUAUAUUUUGC